AUGCGUCUCCACGAGAAAUUCGGCCAUGUUCUAACAUGGACAACAUUGGUCAAUGCUCUACCAUCGAUAUCCGGACAUACCAAGGAGCCGUCAUGUCGUUUUGCGCAUCAAUAUUCCCAAAAGCAAGUCCUUCGAGAUCCUACUGCCUUCAUCAAUGAUAUGCUGUAUUGGGAGGGCAAGUUUCAUCAGAACAACAUCUCAUAUAAUAGCAACAAUGGUAUCUCCUACGAUGGCACUAACAUCGAUUGGGUGACCGGCGAGGCAACAACCAAGCACACGUUCAGUGCUGCCAGCAAAGAGUCCCUUCAAAUCAUGCUGUACGCCCAAGCUGUUGCUGGCUCUCCGGAGGCUGCUCGGUUCCUCUCGCCUGAGAAUACAGCAGAGGCUCCUAAAAUCGCGGCUUCUAUUAUGCAGAAAAAGUUGCAGACGUAUCUCAAAUUCAAUGAGACUUACCCAGGAUUCGGAGGCUUCUUGCCCUGGGUCACAGCGGAUGCUCAAGAUCUAACUCCAGUGACAGCCUGGGUCAACCGCGUGCCUUCUCUAGAUAAUGGUGAACUUAUAUGGGCUGUAUAUGGUUUCAUCCAGGCUCUUGAGAAUACAGGCAAUAAAAGCUAUCGGGAACUCGCACAGAAAUGGCAGGUUUGGAUGGACUACACUAAAACUACUGCUGCUAAGAUCUUUUACAAAGGCAAGGGCCGGGUCUGUACCGUCAUUGACAUUAAAGACCAAUCCCUCCCUGUCAAUCACCCGGAUCAGUCGUAUCUAUGCGAGACUAAAGAUUUACUGGACGACCCUUUCGAAGGCGAGAUUUUCACAUUCUGGCUACAAUUCUUCGGUGGUCUGUCAAAGGCCGAUAAGCAGGCGCUAUGGGAAAUCAAAAGGCCCCAGCUGGUGAGCGUGGACUACAAAAUGGGCGGUUUCGGGCCUAUCACUGUCCAAAAAGGAUUCUGGUUCUCCAGCCACGAAACCUGGAAAGUGAUGGAGAUGCCCUACUAUGACAUCGAUAUUGUCCGUCGCCUAUUUAAGAACGCUGAGCGAGUCCGGACCUGCAACUCAGUCGCCACGAAGUUGCCCGGCAUGUUCGCCUCAGUUAACAACAUCACCGAUCCCUCAAUCGGCGACGUAACCGGCUAUAUCUCGAACGCUGGUAUCCCCUCCAUAUCAAACCAGACUGUCCAGGAGCUAGACGUCAUUACGCCGUACAGUGUAUUCCCGACAAUUUUGGUUGACAAGUCUGUCGGACUCGCCUGGUGGAGGAACAUGGUUAUUGCCAAGAAAAUGCAGAAUAUCUAUGGCAGCACUGAAUCCACUCGUGUUGAUGGAACGGGGGUUUCCGCACUUCUCACUUGGGACAGCAAGGUCACUACGGUAGUCGCAAUUUUGGGCGGAGUGACCGAUCUCGUUCGUCAGAAGAUGAAGGCGGAUCACGUAUAUGAUGAGUUUGUGGACAUCAUUGAGACCGAGUACUCUCGGGUCUUCAAGCACCUUAAAGGAGAGAAUGUCGACCUCUGCCUCCCUCACGUGGCUGUUCCUGAUUCAGGAUUGGACGAUUUCACACUUUGCGAGUAG